UUGUUAUAUAAAAAACUUAUUACAGAACCAAUGGCUACUAUUGUUGCAAAGUGUAUAUGUUAUUCACAAUUGAUUAAUACAUGUAUUAUUUGUUUAAUUUACUCAUCAAUUGUAUUAAUAAUAAGUGGUCAUCAAUUAGAUUCAGAGCCCAAACUGUUGGGUUUAAAUGGCGAGUCCACCGAUAGUGCCGCUCAUGGCAUGAAACUCUUAUGGGAUGAUAUCUCCCGGUCCUGGAGUGCAACCAAACUAUAUAAAAGUACAGUUGGUUUGGGAGAUAAUGUCAGCAAAUUUUUUGUAAAACCAGAUAAACACCGUAAAUAUGAUAACACAUAUUCACCGAAACGGUCGUCUAAAUGCAUGUUUGGUACACCAAAUCCACACGAAAAUUGUGGACCAGAAAUGGUGGGCAAAAUUGUUACCAAAGAAUACAAUGAUUUGGCACUAAAAUUUAAAUAA